AUGAAUAAAGACGUCACUAAACAAAUUGUAGGUAUUGACUUAGGAACAACUAAUUCUUGUAUCGCCAUCAUAGAGGGUCAGACCCCGUGUGUAUUGGAAAAUACCCAUGGCGACCGCACCACUCCUUCCGUGGUCUGCUAUGAUGCCAACGAGGAAAGAAUUCUAUUAGGCAAGGACGCCAAAAAACAAGUCGAAAUCAACCCCGAGGUUAUUACUUCUAUCAAAAGUGUAAUGGGGCAAAAAGUUAAAAAAAAAUUGGGCGGAAAGGAAUAUACACCAGAACAAAUUUCGGCGAAAAUUCUGCGUUAUUUAGUAGAUUGUGCUGAGGACAAAUUGGGCAAAAAAUUCACUCGGGCAGUCAUCACCGUGCCGGCUUAUUUUGACGAUAGUCAGCGGCAGGCUACUGUCGAUGCUGCGAUUAUUGCUGGACUUGGUGGUACCAAGGAUCCAGAAGAAGCCCGCAAAAAGAUUAGAAUUAUCAACGAACCCACGGCUGCGGCUUUGGCUUAUGGCUUAGACAA